CCAGCACUAGCCGCAACACCUAACAGCAAGUCCCCACUCAAGAUGUCUCAGUAUUCCGCAAAGGCAGAUCAUCUUUCGGAGAUCCUGAAUCUUUAUCCCGAUCAAGAGAGAUGGUGUGCGGGGUAUGCGCCUUCACAGGGUCGACGCUGUCACAACCCCAUCAGUGGUGCAAACCGAGGUUCGGCCGUGCGUCUACUUGAUGAAGGCAGUGAAAGAAUGAGACAGGGCGAAGACAUCGACGACCUCCUGAUGGAUCUGGCGUCGCUUGUUCUCUGUCGCCAUGUUCAUCAGAAAGAUCCGAGGAGUCAGGUUCCGACGCUUGUCAAGAAGUGGCAGGAGAAAAUCCGGGGCGUCAGUGAGGAUCUAGAGAAGGGCGAGGGUGUCAUCGGCCGGAGUGUCUGGCGCUAUCACCACAACCUCUUCACAGCAUGCAGUAUCGAUCACGGAGCAGCCUGGGCUAUUCACUGCUCCUGCACCGACCCUUCAUGCUUCUACCUCAUCCUCACCUUCAAGCUCUCAAUCUUCAGGCUCUUCGCCAUCAAGGCCUGCACCUCUACCUCAUUCAACUUCAAACCCUUCCCCCACUAUCUCCACCCCGAUGGUCAACCCCCGUGCUACUGUUACUCCAGCUUCCAGCUCUCGCGCCUCAGCGACUUCUUCGAUGUCGGCCUCUAUAUCAGCUUCUACGUCAAUUGCAAGUUCCAUCACCUCACCUACAAGCGCCAGAGCAAGUCCAAAUCGUGCUUCCACCUCUGGCUCUGGACAUACCGAAACGGCUUUCUCUCGCGUGCCAGCUUCUUCGCCGCGGGGAUCAGCUCCGCUUCACGCUCGGACACCACUACCACCACAAGCGUUACGUCGACCAGGACUAUCACAGUUUCGACUUCUAGCUCCACAAGCACUGCUGCUCCCACAACUUCCACCGCUUCUUCAAGAGUUUCUGUUAGCAGUGUUGAGCCAGAGGCAUCAGCUUCAGGUCCUACAGAUGCUCCUGCGCGUUCCAGGACAGCCUCGACGACUGUUACGCCUGCUGCUUCAACCUCGGCUCCUACUAAUCUAGCUUCUACAUCGACUACUACAGCGACUGCUGGAGCCUCUUCUACGUCUAGUCCGACAUUUGCGCCAACAGCUGCUCCUACAGUCCCAGCCCAAACAGCAACCGCAACCGCAACCGCUACUCCCGAAUCAACCACAACCACAUCUCAGCCUGACACUUCAUCCCCUGCCGUCAUCUCGCAACCCCCCCGCUCCUCCUCCUCCUCCUCCUCCUCCUCCUCCUCAUCAAUCUCAUCAACAGCAGCAGCCGUCUCAGUCCCUUCUCCACUCGUCCCAAAACCCACCUACACUCCGACCCGCCAGCCCAUCACAGGUGACUGCUCCAUCUGCUACGAGCCGCUCCUCCCCGGCUCUCCUUUUACAACCCCGCAUCAAGCAGCCCGAGACCUGUCGAUCGUCUACUGCAAGCAGCAGUGUGGCACGAACUUCCACUUCAGUUGCAUGUUCACGUGGAAGAAGACGGCGUCACAGAGGGACCGGGAGCCGACUUGUCCUAUGUGUCGCGCUGCUUGGUCUUGA